AGACAGCCAGCAGGAAAGGAUGUGGUGUUUUUGCUGGAUGGAUCUGAUGCUACUAGAACUGGAUUCCCAGCUAUGAGAGACUUUGUCCAAAAACAAGUAGAGACACUCAGUGUGGAUGAUGGCAAAGACCGUGUGUCGGUUGUUCAGUACAGCAGCGAUCCAGCCGUCCAGUUCUAUCUGAACACUUACACCACAAAAAGAGAGGUCCUUGACAGUGUCAGAGGUUUGAGGCACAAAGGCGGACGACCCCUCAACACUGGAGCAGCUCUCCGGUACUUGAGGGAUAACGUCUUCACGGCCUCUGCCGGAAGCAGGCGGCCUGAAGGAGUUCCGCAGGUCCUAAUAUUGAUCACUGGUGGAAGAUCAUUUGACAGUAUUGAUGAACCAGCCUCUGCUCUCAAACAGCUGGGUGUCUUGACCAUUGCAAUUGGAACACGAGGCUCUGACAGCACAGAACUUCAGACCAUAACUGGCGAGCCCAGUUAUGCUCUAUCUGUGUCUGAACUUACUGACCUACCCAAAGUGCAACAGCAAGUUGAGUCCUCUGUGGAAGCUGCAGUUAUUGAAGUCACCCCAGAAUUACCAACCGUAAUUGUUUCACGUGACAGAAAAGAUAUCGUGUUCCUUCUGGAUGGUUCUGAUGGCACAAGGAAUGGCUUCCCUGCCAUGCGUGAUUUUGUAGAGAGAGUGGUGGAGAAACUCAAUGUGGGAGAAAACAAAGACCAUGUCUCUGUGGUCCAGUACAGCAGAGAACCAGAGGUCCAUUUCUAUCUGAACACAUAUACCACAAGGGAGGAUGUGGUGGACUCGGUCAGAGGGCUUAGACACAGAGGAGGAAGACCCCUAAACACCGGGGCAGCUCUCCAAUACGUCAGAGACAACGUCUUUACAAACUCCUCUGGGAGUAGACGCCUGCAGGGUGUCCCACAGAUAUUGAUCUUGCUAAGUGGGGGAAGGUCUUUUGACAAUGUAGAUAGCCCAGCCUCAGCUCUCAAACAGCAGGGCAUUUAUGUGAUUGGCAUUGGAACUAGGACCUCAGAUGCUAGAGAGCUGCAGAAAAUAUCAUAUGAGCCCAGUUAUGCUCUGUCAGUGUCCGAGUUCACUGACCUUCCCAAUGUCCAAGAACAGCUCUCUUCUGUAAUGAGCAAAGUGAUAGUGAGGGCCACGCCCAUGACACCAACAGUGACCGUGGUCAGACAGCCAGCAGGAAAGGAUGUGGUGUUUUUGCUGGAUGGAUCUGAUGCUACUAGAACUGGAUUCCCAGCUAUGAGAGACUUUGUCCAAAACCAAGUAGAGACACUCAGUGUGGAUGAUGGCAAAGACCGUGUGUCGGUUGUUCAGUACAGCAGCGAUCCAGCCGUCCAGUUCUAUCUGAACACUUACACCACAAAAAGAGAGGUCCUUGACAGUGUCAGAGGUUUGAGGCACAAAGGCGGACGACCACUCAACACUGGAGCAGCUCUCCGGUACUUGAGGGAUAACGUCUUCACGGCCUCUGCCGGAAGCAGGCGGCCCUCAGGAGUUCCGCAGGUCCUAAUAUUGAUCACUGGUGGAAGAUCAUUUGACAGUAUUGAUGAACCAGCCUCUGCUCUCAAACAGCUGGGUGUCUUGACCAUUGCAAUUGGAACACGAGGCUCUGACAGCACAGAACUUCAGACCAUAACUGGCGAGCCCAGUUAUGCUCUAUCUGUGUCUGAACUUACUGACCUACCCAAAGUGCAACAGCAAGUUGAGUCCUCUGUGGAAGCUGCAGUUAUUGAAGUCACCCCAGAAUUACCAACCGUAAUUGUUUCACGUGACAGAAAAGAUAUCGUGUUCCUUCUGGAUGGUUCUGAUGGCACAAGGAAUGGCUUCCCUGCCAUGCGUGAUUUUGUAGAGAGAGUGGUGGAGAAACUCAAUGUGGGAGAAAACAAAGACCAUGUCUCUGUGGUCCAGUACAGCAGAGAACCAGAGGUCCAUUUCUAUCUGAACACAUAUACCACAAGGGAGGAUGUGGUGGACUCGGUCAGAGGGCUUAGACACAGAGGAGGAAGACCCCUAAACACCGGGGCAGCUCUCCAAUACGUCAGAGACAACGUCUUUACAAACUCCUCUGGGAGUAGACGCCUGCAGGGUGUCCCGCAGAUAUUGAUCUUGCUAAGUGGGGGAAGGUCUUUUGACAAUGUAGAUAGCCCAGCCUCAGCUCUCAAACAGCAGGGCAUUUAUGUGAUUGGCAUUGGAACUAGGACCUCAGAUGCUAGAGAGCUGCAGAAAAUAUCAUAUGAGCCCAGUUAUGCUCUGUCAGUGUCCGAGUUCACUGACCUUCCCAAUGUCCAAGAACAGCUCUCUUCUGUAAUGAGCAAAGUGAUAGAGAGGGCCACACCCAUGACACCAACAGUGACCGUGGUCAGACAGCCAGCAGGAAAGGAUGUGGUGUUUUUGCUGGAUGGAUCUGAUGCUACUAGAACUGGAUUCCCAGCUAUGAGAGACUUUGUCCAAAAACAAGUAGAGACACUCAGUGUGGAUGAUGGCAAAGACCGUGUGUCGGUUGUUCAGUACAGCAGAGAUCCAGCCGUCCAGUUCUAUCUGAACACUUACACCACAAAAAGAGAGGUCCUUGACAGUGUCAGAGGUUUGAGGCACAAAGGCGGACGACCACUCAACACUGGAGCAGCUCUCCGGUACUUGAGGGAUAACGUCUUCACGGCCUCUGCCGGAAGCAGGCGGCCCUCAGGAGUUCCGCAGGUCCUAAUAUUGAUCACUGGUGGAAGAUCAUUUGACAGUAUUGAUGAACCAGCCUCUGCUCUCAAACAGCUGGGUGUCUUGACCAUUGCAAUUGGAACCCGAGGCUCUGACCCCAGAGAACUUCAGACCAUAACUGGCGAGCCCAGUCAUGCUGUAUCUGUGUCUGAGUUCACUGACCUUCCCAAUGUUCAAGAACAGCUCUCUUCUGUAAUGAGCACAGUGCUAAUGAGGGUCACACCUUUGACCCCAACAGUGACUGUGGUCAGACAGCCAGCAGGAAAGGAUGUGGUGUUUUUGCUGGAUGGAUCUGAUGCUACUAGAACUGGAUUCCCAGCUAUGAGAGAAUUUGUCCAAAAACAAGUAGAGACACUCAGUGUGGAUGAUGGCAAAGACCGUGUGUCGGUUGUUCAGUACAGCAGUGAUCCAACUGUCCAGUUCUAUCUGAACACUUACACCACAAAAAGAGAGGUCCUUGACAGUGUCAGAGGUUUGAGGCACAAAGGCGGACGACCACUCAACACUGGAGCAGCUCUCCGGUACUUGAGAGAUAACGUCUUCACGGCCUCUGCCGGAAGCAGGCGGCCCUCAGGAGUUCCGCAGGUCCUAAUAUUGAUCACUGGUGGAAGAUCAUUUGACAGUAUUGAUGAACCAGCCUCUGGUCUCAAACAGCUGGGUGUCUUGACCAUUGCAAUUGGAACACGAGGCUCUGACAGCACAGAACUUCAGACCAUAACUGGCGAGCCCAGUUAUGCUCUAUCUGUGUCUGAACUUACUGACCUACCCAAAGUGCAACAGCAAGUUGAGUCCUCUGUGGAAGCUGCAGUUAUUGAAGUCACCCCAGAAUUACCAACCGUAAUUGUUUCACGUGACAGAAAAGAUAUCGUGUUCCUUCUGGAUGGUUCUGAUGGCACAAGGAAUGGCUUCCCUGCCAUGCGUGAUUUUGUAGAGAGAGUGGUGGAGAAACUCAGUGUGGGAGAAAACAAAUACCAUGUCUCUGUGGUCCAGUACAGCAGAGAACCAGAGGUCCAUUUCUAUCUGAACACAUAUACCACAAGGGAGGAUGUGGUGGACUCGGUCAGAGGGCUUAGACACAGAGGAGGAAGACCCCUAAACACCGGGGCAGCUCUCCAAUACGUCAGAGACAACGUCUUUACAAACUCCUCUGGGAGUAGACGCCUGCAGGGUGUCCCACAGAUAUUGAUCUUGCUAAGUGGGGGAAGGUCUUUUGACAAUGUAGAUAGCCCAGCCUCAGCUCUCAAACAGCAGGGCAUUUAUGUGAUUGGCAUUGGAACUAGGACCUCAGAUGCUAGAGAGCUGCAGAAAAUAUCAUAUGAGCCCAGUUAUGCUCUGUCAGUGUCCGAGUUCACUGACCUUCCCAAUGUUCAAGAACAGCUCUCUUCUGUAAUGAGCAAAGUGAUAGAGAGGGCCACACCCAUGACACCAACAGUGACCGGUAAGAACGUGACUCAUUUGUAA